AUGGCAGCGACUCCUUGUUUCGUUCAUCCCGAGUUGGAUAGCCGAGUCUCUGAGUAUUACAGCUACCUGGAAAACUUGACAGACGGUUCAUUGCAAGAGCAGCAGGAGGCGGCCGAGUUCUACGACCUCCUGGUGUCUCGGUCGCCAGGCAGUGUGUUGCUCGCCUGUAGGAUACAUUUCUUUCUCUGGAGCUAUGUUCCUCCGGUCAUUUUUCUGCUUGGCAGUCUGGGCAACAUUCUCGGCUUCCUUGUGCUGCGACACCCUUCGACGCGACAUGUAUCCGCCUUCGUCUACCUGGCCACGAGAUCUGUGAUUGAUCAGCUGGUGCUGAUCAUCGGUCUUUUACGGCACUGGAUAGACUACCUCUUGAACACCCACUUGGAGGACCAAUCUGCCGUGCUGUGCAAGCUGGCCCAGACCCUCGGCACCGCGAGCAGUUACCUCUCGGUUUGGUUGACCGUGGCUCUGACCGCCGAGCGUGGGGUUGUCGUCAGCCGACCGCUACACGCCAGUCGACUGGUUUCGCCCUCCAAGGCGCGUCGAUUAAUCCUGCUGCUCGGAGUCGCUUGCACUCUGGCCAGUCUGCAUUUCCUCGAGACAGUCGGCCUCGUUGAAUGGUCGAGCGCCAGUAGUCCGGUGGACAUGUCGGCGCAAGACACACAGACAAGUGAGCCUGACGUGAACGGGUCCGGAGCAACGAUGCUUGUCGACCUGUCGAGUGGGGCAUUCGGGCCCGUCGGACAUGCGGAGACUGUGAAUCAAGACCCAUUUGUCAACCGAACGCAUGAAACUGGGCUCGGACAGAAGAGGACUCGGCAACAGGGCUUGCCCAUUGUACGAUGUGACUUCAAGGCGAUGUACAGCGACCAUUUGCACCAGGCCUGGUUGUUCUUUGAUGCGGUCAUCUACUGUUUCUUGCCGUUCUGCAUAAUCACCGGAUUAAACAUACUCAUUCUGUACCACGUCCACUCGGCUCGGGUGUCGAUCUUUCGCCUUCGCGGCGCCUCCGGCCAGCUGUGCAACCGGAUGACGCAACACCUGCACUCUGCCUGCUCCGGAAGCAGCAUUUCGGGCAAUCACUGCGCCGAGUUGGCCGUGGAGCCGGCGGUAAUGUAUGCCAAACUGAAGAUGCCCGGCAUCAGCCCGGCCCAGACUCGAGCGGAGAUGAGCAAACCUCUUGCGUCGGGCAAGGAGCCGACGACUCGGUCGGCGUCUGCGAGGCCGAAGUCGGGCAGAAGAGGCGACCGACGAGAGGACUAUCUCUCAGAGGCGGAGACCACUCUGAAAUGGAGCAAAUCCGGCUGGCUGCGGAGUGGAUCGAGAAGUGGGCCUCGUGAACCGCCACGUCUGGUC